GAUGGGUGAAAUGACAUGUUCUCUUUUUCCAAGGAAAUGAGGCGGCGCCGAAUAGAAGUUAAUGUGGAGCUGAGGAAAGCUAAGAAGGAUGACCAGAUGCUGAAAAGGAGAAAUGUGAGCUCCUUUCCCGAUGAUGCUACAUCUCCAGUGCAGGAAAACCACAACAACCAGGGCACUGUAAAUUGGUCUGUUGAGGACAUUGUCAAAGGCAUAAAUAGCAACAAUUUGGGAAGCCAGCUCCAAGCUACUCAGGCUGCAAGAGAACUGCUUUCUAGGGAAAAACAGCCUCCCAUAGACAACAUAAUCCAGGCCGGUUUGAUCCCAAAAUUUGUGCACUUCUUGGGCAGAACUGAUUGUAGUACCAUCCAGUAUGAAUCUGCUUGGGCCCUCACUAACAUUGCUUCCGGCACUUCGGAACAGACCAAGGCUGUAGUAGAUGGAGGUGCGAUUCCAGCAUUCAUUUCUCUGUUGGCAUCUCCCCACGCUCACAUCCGUGAACAAGCCGUAUGGGCUCUAGGAAAUAUUGCAGGUGAUGGUUCAGUUUUCCGAGACUUGGUUAUCAAGUAUGGUGCUGUUGGCCCACUGUUGGCUCUUCUUGCAGUUCCUGAUAUGUCAUCUUUAGCAUGUGGUUACUUACGUAAUCUGACCUGGACACUUUCAAACCUUUGUCGCAACAAGAAUCCUGUACCCCCAUUAGAUGCUGUUGAGCAGAUUCUUCCUACUUUAGUUCGUCUCCUGCAUCAUGAUGAUCCAGAAGUAUUAGCGGAGGUUGGCGACAUCGCUGCUACUGAGGUAAUGGCUGCCCACAGUAGCAGCCAUGUCACCCUCCUCCCCCUACAAAAGCGCAUCACUGACCAUGUCAUGCCCACAUGUCUAGGGUGCAGUCUAGAUACCAUGGUGAACUUCAUGAUGACCAUUGCCACGAUGGUGCCUGAAUCUGGCUACAAGUCAUGUUCAAUGCCGAGUGUCCUUGCUGGAAAAUAUGGUUUCGGUCUAGAUACCAUGGUGAACUUCAUGAUGACCAUUGCUGGGACGGUGCCAGAAUCCGAUACCAGCCAUGUCGCCCUCCUUGCCCUACAAAAGCACAUCACAGACCAUGUCAUGCCCACAUAUCUAGGAUCUUGUGAUGAUAAGAUGACGAUGAAGUUCAUGGGGGGUAACAGUGACAUUUCUCAUAUGCGGAUAAGUGGUUGUGGUCUACAUACCAUGGUGAACUUCAUGAUGACCGUUGCUUGGAUGGAGCUUGAAUCCAG